AUUCCUUUCACUGCGUUGCUGAUCUUACAGUAUUUGCGCAACCCCUAGCGCUGCUCGUCGAAGUCACCUUGAAAGUAUUUGUUAUAUACAUUCACUGAGGAAGGUUAAUCAUCUAUACGAAAUACCCAACAUUCGUUAUUCCAAAAGAGAAUCGGACUGAACAUUUUCUUGCUUCGUAAUCCAACACCUCCAGGAUCGCCUGCAGUCUAUUACACUAUGAUUUCAUCACACCUCUUCGCCGUUGUUGCCUGUCUAUCGACAUUUGCAUCGGCUCUCGCCAUCCCUGGCUUAAGUGCAGGGUCAUCAAAGCGAGCAUUUACCGUCUCUUUGCCUCCCAGCGGCCUACCAGACCCUUCGUCGAUUUCCCCAGCAGUGACACUGAAAUACAUUGCUCUGGGCGUGGGGACUCAGAACUAUACCUGCGCUUCAUCUCCAAAUUCAGCAUCCGCGCCCAUCCAAGUCGGGGCGAAAGCCACCCUGUUUGAUGCCGGACAAUUCUUCAACACCUUCCCUGGCAUGGUUCAGACACUGCCCGGUCUGGCGCUCGGCCUAUACACGAUGACAGGCCAGCCAGAUAUGACGAGGAUACUUGGCGGCAGUGUCCUUGGCCACCAUUUCUUCAACAGCCUUGGUCAACCAACUUUUGACUUGUCGAAAAUCAACGCGCGCCUUACGGCGAAGAAGUUGAGCGGUGUUGCGGCCCCCGCUGACUCUUGCCCUGGUCCGAAUAACGCGGGUGCCGUAGAUUGGCUGGAGCUCACUGACAUAGGAGGUGGUGCUAGCUACGGAGGUAUUACUUAUGUGUAUCGAGUCGAAACUGCUGGUGGUAAGCCUCCGGCCAAGUGUACAGAUCAGUCAGGUGCCUUCACGGUACCAUAUGCGGCAGAAUAUUGGUUCUACGGUUAGGUAAGCUACGGGAAGGUAUACAGGAGGGCGAGACUUUGAUUCAUGUUGUCAUACUCUAUGGUUGCUUUUUUUAACAUCGUCUUAAAGCACUUUGCGUGGGUGCAUUUCGGAUGCAAGGAAGCUUUUUUUAUUCAACAAAGCACAAGGACAUUACACGCGUACCGUCAUGUGCGUGUAUUCAGAUACUAUUCUUCGUU